AUGAGGGGCCCCCGGGGGGCCCCCCCGGGGGGCCCCCUCGAGGGGCCCCCAGGGGCCCCCGUGGGAAGCCCCGCAGCUGAGCCCCUUCCAGCAGCCACAGACAGCCCCCAAGAAGGGUACUUGUGGGGCCCCACACUUAGCAGCAGCAGCAGCAGCAGCAGCAGCAGCAGCAGCAGCAGCAGCAGCAGCAGCAGGUUAGAGGGGCCCCUAGGGGGGCCCCCAGUGCCUGUGGCCGCUGCUGCUGCAGCUCUGGAGCGGCUGCAGAUAGAGCUGAGGAGUCGGGAAGUGAAAACAAAAGCAACAGACAAUCUGCUGCGGCUCUCCUUCUUGCUGCAGUUCGAAGCCGUCUGCAUCCUGGCUUUUGAAGGUUCUCCGCAGCAGCAGCAGCAGCAGCAGCAGCAGCAGCAGCAGCAGCAGCAGCAGCAGCAGCAGCAGCAGGAAGAAAGAAAAGAAAAAAGGAAAUGCGCAAAAGAGUUGGCGGAAAAGGCGUUUGCAGAAAACCUGCUGGGACUCGUGGGGUACGAAAUGCUGUUCCAAACUUCGCUGGAAAUUGCCGAAGACGAACUGAGCUCUCGGGUGGCGCUGGGCGUUUUGGGUGUACUGACAGCUCGCGAGGCAAAAGACCUUCAGUUCUUCGCAGCAGGCUUCCGGUGA